UACUGCUAGGCACUCCAGCGCGUAGAUAGCUGCAUUCAAGAUCCAUACGAAGCUAUAUCCACAACCUCGAUCUUCUAUAUUGUCUCCCCAGAAUCGCUCUCACCUGGAAUAGCCUGACCUGAGUGACCAAUCUUCAUCCGCGACAAUGCCUUCCGAACGCGAGCUUCAGAUCAACCCCAUCGUUCCCGAGUCUGUGGUCCAUAACACAAAGGCUCUCUCCAACCUCCACAGCCUUACUGCGUCACUUUUUGGAGUCAGCGCCGGUGUCCUCGGUCUCGAAUCUUAUUACGGUUUCCUCGUCUACAUCAUCUUCUCUUUCAUCACUGCUCUCCUCUUUUACGCCCUCAAGGUUGCUCCGGAAUCACUCCCCAAGGGCCACGCCCCUCUCGAUCCUUCUCGCUAUUAUCGUGGCUUGUUCGAGUUCUGGUUUGGUGGCAUAUUCAAUGGCGUCUCGGGCUUUGUCUUAACUUGGACAUUGUUUUAUGGCUUGGUUCGGGCCUAGAUAUUAAAGCAUCAUAUAUCAGCAUACGAAUGGCGUUUCUGGA